AUCCUCCCAGUUGCCAUGGGGACGGGGUCCUCUCGGCCCCGGGCGCCGCCAUCUUGUGCCCCGCCCCCAAUGAGCGCCGCCAUCUUGUCCCUCCCUCGGCCUGGGCGCCGCCAUCUUGUGCCUUCUCCGGCGGCGGCGGCGCAGGAGGUGGCAGCGAUGGCGGGGCUCGCGUGGCACUUGCUGCUGUGCCUGGGCUGUACCCUGGCGGCCCCGGACCUGGUGCUGGAAGAGGCGAAGCGCACUUUGGACCUCAGCACGCACCUGGCCAAGGUGUCGGCCGAGCUGAACCUGGCCAACCCUCCGGGCGGCGCGGGGCCCGCAGGCGCCUUCCAGCUGGCGCUGGAGCCCGGUCUCGAGCCGCGCCUCGCCUACCUGGGCGUGCAGGUAAAAGGUGAGGAGGAAGAGGAGAACACUCUGGAAGUGCGGGAGACUAAAGUUAAAGGUAAAAGUGGAAAGUUCUUCACCGUAAAGUUGCCAUCUCCUCUGGCACCAGGGGCCAAGAUCCGGGUGUCUGUUGAAAUGGUGUUCACACACGUCCUGCAGCCCUACCCCACGCACAUCACGCAGGCUGAGAAGCAGUUUGUGGUCUUUGAAGGGAAUCACUAUUUCUAUUCGCCAUACCCAACCAAGACCCAGACUACACGUGUGAAGCUGGCCUCUAGGAACAUAGAGAGUUAUACCAAGCUGGGUAAUCCCUCCCGGUCCGAGGAUAUGUUAGAGUAUGGGCCUUUCAAGGACAUCCCACCUUACAGCCAGGACACCCUGAAGGUCCACUAUGAAAAUAACAGUCCGUUCCUAACCAUCACCAGCAUGACACGGGUCAUAGAAGUGUCACACUGGGGGAACAUUGCUGUAGAAGAAACAGUUGACUUGAAGCAUACAGGAGCUGUGCUCAAGGGGCCUUUCUCCAGAUAUGACUACCAGCGACAGCCAGACAGUGGAAUCUCUUCUGUCAAAUCUUUUAAGACUAUUCUUCCUGCGGCAGCUCAGGAUGUGUAUUACCGAGAUGAAAUUGGAAACAUCUCUACCAGCCACUUGCUCAUCCUGGAUGACUCUGUGGAGAUGGAGAUCCGUCCCCGGUUCCCACUUUUUGGGGGUUGGAAGACCCAUUAUAUCAUUGGCUACAACCUGCCCAGCUACGAAUACCUCUACAACCUCGGUGAUCAAUAUGCCUUGAAGAUGAGGUUUGUUGACCAUGUGUUUGACGAGCAAGUAACAGACUCUCUGACUGUGAAGAUCAUCCUGCCAGAAGGUGCCAAGAACAUCCAUGUGGACAGUCCCUAUGAGAUCAACCGAGCCGCUGAUGAGCUCCACUACACCUACCUGGACACAUUUGGCCGCCCUGUCAUCGUGGCGCACAAGAACAACAUGGUGGAGCAGCACAUCCAGGACGUUGUGGUGCAUUACACCUUCAACAAGAUCCUCAUGCUGCAGGAGCCCCUUUUGGUGGUAGGAGCCUUUUACAUCCUGUUCUUCACUGUGAUCAUCUAUGUGAGACUGGACUUCUCCAUCACCAAGGACCCAGCUGCUGAAGCCAGGAUGAAGGUUGCUUGCAUUACAGAGCAAGUCCUCACACUGGUGAACAAAAGGCUGGGCCUGUACCGCCAUUUUGAUGAAGCAGUGAACAAAUACAAGCAGUCACGAGACAUCUCCACUCUGAACAGUGGCAAGAAAACUUUGGAGACUGAGCACAAGGUCCUAACCAGUGAAAUAGCCUCUCUGCAGUCGAAGCUGAAGACUGAAGGCUCUGACCUAUGUGAUAAAGUAAGUGAGAUCCAGAAGCUCGACAGUCAGGUCAAGGAGCUGGUGCUGAAGUCAUCUGUGGAGGCAGAGCGAUUGGUGGCGGGCAAGCUCAAGAAGGACACGUACAUUGAGAAUGAGAAGCUGCAUUCCAACAAGCGCCAGGAGCUGGUCACCAAAAUUGACAACAUCCUUGAUGCACUAUAACUUCAGAACACGAGUGGUUACAGGAGGGGGAGAAAAGUGAAGUGAAAUUAAAAGGCCUGGGAGAGGACACACACUGAGCCAAACCCGUCCUGCUCUUCAGCCAGAAAAAUGGGGAAGGCGGAAAAUGCAAAGUGGAAAAUGUUGCCUGCAAAUAAUUUUUUUUUUUUUUUUUUUUUUUUUUU